UGGCUGUCCCUACUUUUCAGCCAGAUGUUAGUCUGUGAAAGUCUUACCAGAGUAAGACUGUAUAAAAGUGUCUGUACAGUUGGCUCAUCCUUAACCGAUGCUGACCAAUGCAGCAUUUUACAGAGGCAGUAACAGGAAGGACGCAGUAUUCCUGCUUUGUUGGCCUGACUUGCAGCUGUAGCGAUGGAAUGUAUUGCUGAAGUCAAGCUGUGGGUGAGGAGAAACAGAAGCUCUUCAGGAACUAAAAAGACCAGAAAAUUGACCCAUGAAAAUGAAGAUGGAAAGAUUUAGCAAGUGGAAAAGAAGUUGAGAAGAUUUUUUUUGAGAAAGUGAUAAUGAGUUCAAACCCCAUUGCCAAACGAGGAGAAGGGGUACAGACCCCAAAAGUUCAACAGUCUCCUGCGAGACAACUUUAUGGUCAGUUUGGGCAAGGAAGCCAGUCUGAGAGUGCGCUGAGUGCCGAUUCACCUGUUCACAGGUUCCAGGCCCCAUCUCAAUCUGCUUUACCGCAGCAACUGAGCCAGCAUGUGGGUAUUUGCAGUGACUGGGACAGCAUUGAAGGACUUUAUCAUCGGGAGUUGGAAGAGGUCCGGGCCAGAGCUGCUCAGAUGGAAAAGACCAUGCGCUGGUGGUCUGACUGCACGGCCAACUGGCGCGAGAAAUGGAGCAAAGUGAGGGCAGAAAGAAACAAGGCCCGCGAGGAAGUGCGACAGAUGCGCCAGAAGCUGGAGUCAGUCGUGAAGGAGCUAGCUGCCCUGAAAAGAGAAAAGCAAGAAUUGUUAAACGAAAAUGAACAACUGAGAAGAGAAGCUAAGCCAACAGAAGCUCAGUCAGAGGCCUUAUUGGUCAGACUGGAGGAAUAUGAACUCAAUGCUCUGGAACAGGAACCUGUCAAAGAUGUGGAAAGUAAAAACAAUCCAUCUCCAAAUAAAUUCACUGGCUCACCAAAGAAGGGUUUUGAUAUAAUUGAAAAUAUACUGAAAGAGAAGCAGCAUGGAGGAGGACAAAGUCUGGAGUCUUCUGUCGCCUUGAGUUUGCGUAAUUCUAACAUCUGUUCUGAAAGAUCCACGUUUCUGCUGGAGGAUACCAUGCAGGCCUUUGAAAACGACUCUAUGAAAAUCAUGGCCCUACAGUUUCGCCUGGAUGAGUCAAAAAAAAUACUUCAGAAGGAAAGAGAGGACAAAGCCACACUUGGAAGGCAGAUUGAAAAACUGGAAACAGAUGUAUCUCAGUGGAAAGUUAAAUAUGAAGACCUGAACAAGUCCAAGCAGGAGAUCCUAAAACAGUUGACCCUCCUGCGUGAUGUUCAUCAGAAUGAGCUUGGAAGGAUCUCAGAAGAUCUGGAAGAUGAAGUUGGAGCUAGGUCAAACAUGGAUAGGAAAUUGGCUGAUCUACGUACUGAGUUGGAGAGGCUUCAGGCUGAAAACACUGCUGAAUGGGGGAAAAGAGAACGGUUAGAAACGGAAAAACUUGGGCUGGAAAGGGACAACAAAAAGUUAAAAGCCCAGAUUGAAGAGCUGGAGAAGCUGCAGGCAAAAAGGAGUCAACACAACACAAACAUUAUCGACUCAGACUUCAAGGCAAUGCAGUGUGAGCUAUUUGAGAAAAAUAAGGAACUUUCUGACCUUCGUCAUGCCCACAAUAAACUGAAGAAGCAGUACCAAGACAAGAUGGCCGAACUCACCCAUUCCAAUAGAAGAAUUGAACAACAUGAAACGGAGGUGAAGAAGUUAAGACUGCGGGUGGAAGAACUGAAGAAGGAAUUGGCACAAGCAGAAGAUGAGCUGGAUGACUCACUGAACCAGAUCAGGAAACUGCAGCGUUCCUUAGAUGAACAGAUGGAACUGAAUGACAACCUUCAAGUGCAAUUUGAUCACUUGCAGACCAGGUUAAGAAGACAGCAGACAAGUUCACUGUUUGGAAUGAAGCGAAGCUCAGUGUAUAACCCUGACGACUCUGCGGAAGCAAUCAGUGAAGAAGAUGACCUGGAACUCGAAGUGAAAUAAGAUGACGGAUCGAGUGUAACCACUGUGAAAACAGGAAAACUGGCAAAAGAGAAAAUAAAUGACUUCUCUUCAGGGUCAAACACCAAACAAACAGCUUCUGUCAAGGAAAAGAAUGAAAUGAAAUGGCAAAACAUUUGGGAUGAAUUAAAUCAAAGCUCUUAGAUCCAUCAGAGAUUUAAGUUGCUUUUCAGCAGAAA